AUGAUUCAUGCAACUGCCGUGCAGCCGUUUGCAAUCGAAUACCAACUGGGAGGCGGCCGCGUUGAUCCCUUUAGAUCAUAUCCUACGCCAUGGCGGCCGUAUAUCCCCCAUCUGGUCGACCACUACAUCAUUCACAUGGCCGUCGACAUCCCCGAACUCGACGAGCCUGGCAAAAAGGGCCUCCUCCGAAGCCGCUGGUUCCGGCUCGCCACGACCGAAAUCUCCACCUUCCAAGUCGUCCUGCUGCUCUCUGCCGGCAACUACAUCUCGGUCAAGGGCGGUAUAGCCGCCGAGGCCGGCUUCAACAUGGACCAGCUCAGGAUCGACGCCCUCAACUCCAUCGGCAUGGCCAUGGACCUGCCCAACAACGCAAGCGACUCCAUCAUCGGCGCGGUGGCCAAGAUGGCCAGCUUCGAGGCCAUGCACGGGGACCUGGACUGCUUCCAGCUGCACAUGAACGCCGCGAGGAGGUUGGUGGACAUGAGAGGCGGCCUGCACAAUCUGGGCCUCGGGGGCCUGUUGCGGAGAAUGCUCAUUUGGAUCGAUUUGAACGGCGGACACUUGAUGAAUACGGAGCGGUGGUUCCCCGGGCAGACGUUUGCUGGAAGUGAGGAUGAGGUUGAGGUGGAACCGAACCCGGAGAGGUUCAUUGCCAUGUGAACAGAGCCUUUUCUCUGCUUCUUGCCGCAUUCUUAUGUCCCUUUUUUCGUUGGCAUCAUUCCUUUUCUACUUCUGAUAAGGUUGAGCGUCGUUUUUUAAAGAGCAAUCCUGGUAAGGACCCCAGACUAAUGGUUAUUAUAAGUGUGUUUAUAUGGGAAUGGACCGUCCACUAGAAUAGCA